GCACGAGCUACGUUUUAAUACUAUUAAAUAUUCAGUACACACACACUAUCGCUAGUAACUACAAAUUCGAAAUUAAAAUUAUAAAUAUAAAUAUAAAAAAUGAAGAAGAAGAGAAGAGGAAGUUGCCCUACAAUCUGAAAGCUACUCUUCUCCAUCUUUCUCUAACUCACUGUAUAUAAGAAGCCUCUCAAAACCCUUUCCCUUUAUUCAUUUCAGUUUCAUCUUUUUCUUCAAAUUCUUCAUCACUCAUCCAAAUAACCCAUUUUCUUCCCGUAAUGGCGUCUUCGAAUUCUCUGGCGAUUUCUCCGAGGAAGCUCCGAUCAGACCUUUAUUCAUACUCUUACCAAGACGAAUCCAACACACCACUCGUAAUCUCUGUUCUCUCGUCUCUGAUCGAACGGACUUUAGCUCGGAACGAGAGGAUCAGUAGAAGCUACGGUGGUUUUGGUAAGACACGCGUCUUCGAUUGCCGGGAAAUUCCUGAUAUGACGAUCCAAUCGUAUUUAGAGAGGAUUUUCCGGUAUACCAAAGCCGGUCCAUCGGUUUACGUCGUCGCUUAUGUAUACAUUGACCGGUUCUGUCAGAAUAAUGAAGGUUUCAGAAUCAGUCUCACUAAUGUUCAUCGUCUCCUCAUCACCACCAUCAUGAUCGCUUCCAAAUACGUCGAAGACAUGAAUUACAGAAACUCGUACUUUGCGAAAGUAGGAGGAUUAGAGACAGAAGAUUUGAACAAGUUGGAACUUGAGUUCUUGUUCUUGAUGGGAUUUAAGUUGCAUGUGAAUGUGAGUGUGUUCGAGAGUUACUGUUGUCAUCUUGAGAGAGAAGUAAGUAUCGGAGGAGGUUACCAGAUCGAGAAGGCAUUACGUUGCGCUGAGGAAAUCAAAUCUAGACAAAUUGUUCAAGAUCCUAAACUUCAUCACCACCAAUUUUCCCGAGUUUUGUUGUAGACUAGUUAAAGAAGAACUCGGUUUUUUAUUCUUCUUUUGUCGUUUUGCUUUUGAGGGUCUUUGACUUUCUAUUACCUUGUCGGUUGGGUUUUCUUGAAAUGUUUGUAAAUGUAAAAUAGAGAGGAUUUAUAGAGACUGAUGUUGUAUGUAUAUGUAUCAGCAAUAUAGAUUCUAUGUAUCUGUUGAAUUUUAAGAAAAUGGUUUUCAAUUCGCAAAAAACACAUUUUGUUA